AUGCCCGAAAUAGGAGCAGUGAUGAGAGCGAUGGAAUUGCAACGACUGAUCGAAGACAAAGUGUCGGAAUGGAGGGAGAGGUCAGCUCGGGUCGCGGGUACAAGCGUGGCCGAGUCUUAUCAGCAACCACUCAACUUCACACGACACAAUCACAGACGCAAAAACAGAGCUGAAAUAAACAGAAUUAUCGCAAAGUACUCGAAAGUUAAAAGGACAGACGAACGACAUUCUGUGCUACAAAAGUGUCCCGAGGAGCCGCCUGUCCCUCCUAUUAGGCAGAAGAAGAUCCGAGCCAAGUUUUCCAAGAGCGAAGAUAAUCUUGCCAAUAUCGGUGUCAUGGACGAACGUCCUCCCAUGCCUCAAGUGAAGUCCCAAUUUAAUGUUUCUAAAUAUAACACGAAAAGUUGCGAGGACAUAACCGCUUUCGUGGAUUUCGGUCGGACAAAGAAAAGCAAGCUCUUCGAGGAAAAGAGCAUUUUGAAUACCAAACCCACCCCAGUCAAGCCAAGGCUGCAUAGUAUUAGUGAGGAUAUGGAUCUAUCGGAAUACAGUGAUAGUGGUGUUGACAUAAGACUGAGAACGAACUUUGCGACCUCUACGCCGUUAUCGAACAGGAAGACAUGUCCCCCUGGUGAUUCAGUGUCAGUGAUUGAUUUUGAAAAGUGUACAAGACGCAGUGAUUGUGAUCUAAAGAAGGGUAAUUCAGAACCCGAUAUCGCCGAUAGAAAUUCUGUGAACUCAACUUCAACUUUGGACGCUAGAAAACGUUGGUCGCUUUUGAAACCACUUAAACCCAACUUUCGAAAGGGAACAUUGGAUUGUUUGAUACGCUGGCGUGGAAAGAAAUCCCCGUCCCAUCAAACCAAGUAA